UAUAUGCAGGUCGGAGCAGAGGUUCUAUCUCUGGGAAAGAUUGCAGGCCCCAUAGUAAUGACAACAUUGCUUCUAAAUUCAAGAUCUUCAAUUUCUAUGCUCUUUUUGGGUCAUCUUGGGAGAACAGAGUUAGCUGGGGGCUCGCUGGCACUUGGGUGUGCAAAUAUCACAGGAGUUUCAGUCAUUAAAGGCCUGGCUAUUGGAAUGGAUCCAAUUUGUGGGCAAGCCUAUGGAGCCAAGAGAUUUUCAGUUCUGAGUCAAAUCUACCAAAAAGCUUUGUGUCUCCUCUUGCUUGUAUCCGUUUUCAUCUCUCUCUUUUGGCUAAACACGGAGCCCAUUUUUCUACGUUUGGGACAACAUCCUGAUAUCUCAAAAGUUGCUAAUAGUUACAUGCUCUUUUCUAUUCCUGAAUUGCUAGCUCAAGCCACUCUCCACCCAAUGAGGGCCUUUUUAAGAACCCAAGGCCGCACUAGCCCACUUACAAUUUCAGCUAUUUUUGCUGUCGUCCUUCACCUUCCAAUCAACUACUUAUUUGCUAUUCAUUUGAAGUUAGGAGUAAAAGGUGUUGCAUUGGCUCUUGCUUUUAAUACAUUAAAUAUGAAUUUGGGCUUGCUGAUUUAUGUCAUUGUGUCAAAAGAAGCACUCAAACCUUGGCAUGGGUUCACCUUUUAUUCCUUCUUUCAUGGGUGGCGACCAUUGCUAAGUCUUUCUGUGCCCAGUUGCAUUUCUGUGUGCUUGGAGUGGUGGUGGUAUGAAAUUAUGCUGUUUCUUUGUGGAUUACUCGGCAAUCCAGAGAUUAGCAUUUCAGCCAUGGGUAUUCUUAUUCAAACAACAGGGAUUCUCUAUGUCUUCCCAUUUGCAAUGAACUGCAGCUUGGCAACAAGAGUUGGCCACGCAUUGGGCGCUGGGCAGCCUUCUCGGGCCCAAUGGACUGCAAUAAUCGGCAUAACUAUGGCAUUCGGUUUUGGACUUUCGGCCUUCGUUUUCAUGACUGCCAUGAAAUCUAUAUGGGGGAAAUUGUACACAAGUGAGCCACAAGUUCUUCAUUUGAUCUCGGCUACACUUCCCAUUUUGGGGUUAUGCGAAAUCGGCAACUCUCCGCAAACAUCAGCCUGUGGAGUCUUGACAGGAACCGCACGUCCCAAAGAUGGCGCACGCAUAAAUUUAUGUUCAUUUUACUUGGUGGGAUUACCAGUUGCGGUUCUCACAACAUUCAAAUUCAAAGUUGGGUUCAAGGGUCUUUGGUUUGGGCUGCUGGCUGCGCAAUUGUCGUGUCUCUGCAUGAUGAUCUACACGUUGAUGCAAACGGACUGGAGGCACCAUGCGAAGAGGGCUGCGGAGCUCACCAUGGCUGCAGAAGAUAGGAAUGAUGAUUUAGAGAGUAAUUUAAUUAGCAAUGAACAAUGAGUCAGUCUCCAGGAUUAAUUUGAUUUGACCUCCCAAACACUCAGCAUUUUGACAAGCUCCUCCAGGGAUAGGCUGAAACAUAUAAAUAAGUGC